AUGGCUGCUUGGUUGGAUCUAGCCGUAGAGGCCACUGGCUGGACCUUAGCUGAUACAGGGCGGUUAGAAAGCCUUGUGGAUAGCAUGGGACACCCAAAGAGUCAAUAUCCUUCGCUUGUAUAUUUUGUCGGCAAUUCGUCUCGCGCUAAAGCACUCCGGGCUUUGUUUCCGUACAAUAAUAUUACUCGCAAAGGACCUGCUAGCUUCAUUAAGCUGCAUCUCAGUACAGAAACAGCCAAUUAUAAGCAUCCAGUCCUAUUUGCGGAGAGCAGCUUUUUGGGGGACUCUACGUUAGCCGAAAAGGGUUUCUGUCAAUGGCCAACUGAAAAGCUCCAGCAUUAUCCCAUUCAGAGCAAUUUAUCAUCUACGAAGGAUAUUAAACAGCACAUUUUGUCCAAUUUUGUUUUGCCAUGGACCCAUACGUUGUGCUUUCUUCUAAAUAAAGCUGGAGAUAUAAUGAAAGUACGCCAGCUUCUGGAGAGGCCUCGCCGCAACGUCAAAGUUGGCACGCAGAUUAUUCCCAACUUCUUGCAAGUAAUCAUUGUUUUGGAGAAAAGGUUAGACGGUCAUGAUGAAGCGCUGAAAGAAUUGAUUCUUUGGUCAGGAGAACAAAUGACACUCAAUAUCACUCUUUUGGAUUUGCGUGAGCGACAUAUGCUGUCUCCAAAGGCGGCCUUUGAGCCACUACGUCGUCUCCUUCUGAGUCAUCUUAGCUUAGCACAGUCUAAACGGUUCGAAAAUGACAAUUGCGACUACGAGAAUGAGGAUAUCUCUGCUUUCAUCGCAUCUGCAUUUUUAAUGAACGCCUACCCGCCUGAUAUGCACCACAACUUUACGAAGAGCGAUUAG